UCCCGGAAGCGAGGGCGCCGCUCGGCGAGUCCGGGACCGCUGAGCUCCCCCGAGACCCGGGAUCGAACCCGGGAUUGCCCCGGGUCCUUCACCCAGCACCGGGAUCGAACCCGGGUCCCUCCGCUUGCCCCUCUGUCGCCCUGUCCCUCUGUGCCCCUCUGUGCCCCCUGUCCCUCUGUCCCCCCUGUCCCUCUGUGCCCCUCUGUGCCCCCUGUCCCUCUGUCCCCCCGUCCCUCUGUGCCCCCUGUCUCUCUUUCUAUCUGUCGUUAUCUCCCCCGUCCCCGCUGUUCCAUCUGUCCCUUCUCUCCCCUCUGUCCUCCAUCUCUCUCUCUUUCCCCCUGUCUCUCGAGUGUCCCUUUGUCCAUCUGUCCCCCUCCUGUCUCCGCUGUCCCGUCUCUCCCCCCUCUAUCCCUCUUUCCCCCUGUCCCUCGCGUGUCCCUCUGUCCCCUCUCUCCCCUCUCUGCCUCCUGUCCCUCUGUCCCCGCCGCUGUCCCCUUCCCUCCCCUCUCCCCUCUCUCCCCCCGCUUUCCGGUCUCUCCCGGUGCCCGGGAUGGCGGAGGGCGGCCCGCGGCGGCUCCGCCCGUGGUUGCUGGCCCAGCUGCAGAGCGGGCGCUUCCCCGGUUUGCAGUGGGACGACGCGGCCCGGACGGCGCUACGGAUCCCGUGGGCGCACGGCGGGCGGAGCGGGGCCCGCGACGGGGCGGGGGCGGCGCUAUGCAGAGCGUGGGCGGAGUACAAGGGGCGGCUGCGGCCCGGGGACCCCCCCGACCCCGCCGGGUGGAAGACGCGGCUGCGCUGCGCCCUGGCCCGGAGCCCCGAGUUCCGGCAGCUGCCGGGGCGGGGCCGCUCCGACGGGCCCUGCCCGUACCGCGUGUACCGGGUGCUGCCCGCCCGCGAGCCAAAGCCCCCCAGGGGCCGGCAGAGCCAGAAGGAGGCGGGGCUGAGCCCUACAGAGCCCCUCCCACCGACCCCGCCCCCCGAGAGCCAGGAUGGAACCACGGAUGAGGAAGAGCCCGCAGAGGCUCCGCCCCCGGAAGUGCUGCCCCUGCGCAUUGAGGUGGAGAGCGCGGAGCCCCUCCCCCCUGCGGAUGGGGACGCUGCGCUGCUGCUGCGGCUGCGCCGAGGCCCCGCCCGGGCCUGGCAGGGGGCGGUGCCUCCGGGCGAGUACCUGCUGAGUCCUCCCGGCCGCCAGGGGGCGGCGCCGCCGCCGCUGCCGCGAUUGGUGCUGCCGCUGGGGGCGGGGCCAGGGCUGCUGCUCAGCAGCGCCCCCCGGGGGCUCUUCCUGCGCCUGCGCCCCGGGCACGGCUCCGCCCCCCGCCAUGGUCAGGGGCCCCCACGCCCCCCACGGGCCCCCUCCAGCCGGGGGGCGCUGCUGCAGCCGUUCGACAGCCAGCGCUUCCGGGAGGAGCUGGAGCUGCACCGGGCCGGGGUCGGGCCCCUCCCCCCGCACCGCGUGACCCUGGAGCUCCGCCCCCCCGAGGAGGGGGAGGGGCUGCUGCUGGAGCUGGAACAGGCCUUUGCCCAGCGCCUCCUGGAGACCCUCGGGACCCCCCCGGGCCCCCCCGCGACCCCCCCGGGGCAAUAAAAGCAGAAAUGGGGGCAACCCCGCCCCUCCCCCACA